AUGUCUUUACCAGAACGACCGAAUCCUACCUCGCCGAGGCGAGAACACAGGCAUGCGCCACGGUCUUCUCCAUACAGAGAUUCACCACAGCGAAGACGACGGCCCUCAGACGUCGAGGCACGGCCUUACGACCGCUCCUCUCACCGAAAAGUGCCCUCAAUUUCUUACACACAGCCUGUACCUACACAUAGCAUGCCCGUCGAUCGAGGCGCCGCUCGGGCGACACAGGCAGAGUCUGACCUCGGGCGCAAGAAGAGCUUGGUUCGGCCGGAGCGCAACCGCAUAGACAGAGACCACCCGAAUUACCACUACCGAAAACAUGCGCAGAACAUGACCACCCUCCCCUCGAGCACCGGUAACGAUCUGACAUCGGAGGAACAUGGUGAGGCGGAGACUGUCACGUCGGACGAGGCGGACGUGAAGAGCUUGCAACCUGCCCCAAGGGGCUAUUCAGACAGACCACGACCGCGAGACGAGGGCGGUUCGCCACUCAGGAGGGACCAGAGCGCCAAGUCACAACGGAAGUUGACACGGAAGGAUACUCGGACCCUCGAGUCGGAGGAGAAGCAGCGCCAAAAAGUCAAAGAUGCCGCCCGGCCGUUGAGUUUAUGGAGCGUUUACUGCGGAGUGGUCACAUUCUGGUGUCCCGAUGCCGUAUUGCGGUGUUUUGGCAAGCCGGCGAAACCCCAGCAGCGCGCGUGGCGCGAAAAGAUGGGCCUCAUCAGCAUCAUCCUGCUGAUAUGUGCGUUUGUCGGCUUCCUGACAUUCGGUUUCACGGAGACGGUGUGCAAGCAGGGAGGCCCACAGCGGUUGCGAAUCAACAAGGUAGAUGCGGGAUUCAUGAUAUUCCAUGGACAAGCAUACGACCUGUCGAGAUCGCAGCAUCCACAAGCUCGUGGCGUACCAAACUUUGCUAAUGUUCUCUUUGACUUACAAGAGAAGAAUGGGGGCAAAGAUGGCAGCUUCCUCUUCCAGAAUGUCAAUGGACAGUGCAAAGGAUUGAUCACCGCUGCCGAGGGCUCGGAUGUCCCAUCCUCAGACAAUGGCCGCGAGUUAGCCUGGUACUUCCCGUGUACACCUUUCAACCAGGAUGGAUCCAGUGAGCCACCCAGCAACGCCUCGUUCUAUCUCGGGUAUGCCUGCCAUACGUCGCGAACUGCCCGGGACUCAUUUUAUAAUGAACUCCACAGCUCCGGCGAUGUGUAUUUCACAUGGGACGACAUCAGAAACUCGAGCCGGAACCUUAUGGUCUGGGGCGGAGAUGUACUGGAUCUAGACUUGCUGCAAUGGUUCAACACAAGCCAGGUUGCGGUUCCGGACGAGUUUGAACGGAUUAGGACCAAUCCCAACGUUAGAGGCAUUGACGUUACCCGUGCCUUUGCAUCGAACAGAGAAAAGCAGAUCGCUAGAUGCUUCACCGAGAUCAUCAAGGUCGGAUCGAUCGAUACAGAGUCUGUCGGUUGCAUUGCUUCUCAGGUAGUGCUCUAUGUGUCUCUUGUGUUCAUCUUGUCCAUCGUCCUGGUCAAGUUCUUGCUUGCGCUCUGCUUCCAGUGGUUUCUUUGCCGCCGCUUUGGCGCCUCAAAAACAACGCUUGGACCGGAGAACUCGAAGAAGCGGAAGCAGCAGAUAGAAGACUGGACUGAAGACAUCUACCGGGCGCCACCAAAACUUGCAGACCCAAUUGGCGGCAUGGCCGAUAGGUCAAGCAAGCGCGGCAGUCAGUUCUUCCCAACCACGUCGAGAUUCACCAGCCCGUAUGCCAUCGAGCGAGCAACCGCCAGAAAGAGUACAGCACCUACUACCAUGGCCAGUCAGACAUCUACCGCACGACUGCUAUCUUCAGGGGGCGGCACGAUCUACAAGCAAGGGAACCACAGCCAGGGAACACUGCCUACCUAUGUUGACUCCCAGGGCACCAAGACUUCGAUGCAGGAAAGCAGAGCCAGCUUGCUGCUCUCAGGUACGACGGGCCAGCAGAGGUUCUCCAGCGUGAUGGGCGAGUCCGAUGGGCCAGGUCCAGCGGGCUUCAUCCACGAUGCUGUCGUGCCACAGCCGCCUCCCGAGUGGCAGCCUUUCGGUUAUCCUUUGGCCCACGCCAUUUGUCUGGUCACAGCCUAUUCCGAAGGAGAGGAAGGUCUGAGGACGACUCUCGACUCUAUCGCCACAACGGACUAUCCCAACAGCCACAAGCUCAUCUUAGUCAUCUGCGAUGGUAUAAUCAAAGGCAAAGGCGAGGCUUUAUCAACACCGGACAUCGCUCUUGGAAUGAUGAAGGACCAUGCAAUCUCCCCCGGCGACGUUCAGGCUUUCUCCUACGUUGCGGUAGCCAGCGGGUCAAAGCGCCACAACAUGGCCAAGAUCUACUCAGGCUUCUACGACUAUGGCAGAGAUUCCAGGAUCCCUGGUGAGAAGCAGCAGCGCGUCCCGAUGAUGGUCGUCGUCAAAUGCGGAACGCCCGACGAAGCGAGCAAAAGUAAACCGGGUAAUCGGGGCAAGCGAGACAGUCAGAUCAUCCUGAUGUCUUUCUUACAGAAAGUCAUGUUCGACGAACGGAUGACUGAGCUCGAGUUUGAGAUGUUCAACGGCAUAUGGAAGAUAACAGGCAUCUCGCCAGACUUCUACGAGAUCGUUCUCAUGGUUGACGCUGAUACGAAAGUGUUCCCGGACAGCUUGACGCACAUGAUCUCAGCGAUGGUCAAGGAUCCGGAGAUUAUGGGCCUGUGCGGUGAGACGAAGAUAGCAAACAAGCGACAGAGUUGGGUUUCCAUGAUCCAGGUGUUCGAGUACUUCAUCUCCCACCACCUGUCAAAAUCUUUCGAGUCCGUGUUCGGUGGUGUCACCUGUCUGCCCGGUUGCUUCUGCAUGUAUCGCAUCAAAACACCAAAGGGCGGGCAAAACUACUGGGUGCCCAUCUUAGCGAACCCCGAUAUUGUGGAGCAUUACUCCGAAAACGUGGUUGACACGCUACACAAGAAGAACCUGCUGCUGCUUGGCGAGGAUCGGUAUCUGUCAACGCUUAUGCUGAAAACAUUCCCGAAGCGGAAGCAGGUCUUCGUUCCACAGGCUGUCUGCAAGACCACCGUCCCCGACCAGUUCAGUGUGCUGCUUUCACAGCGUCGGCGGUGGAUCAACAGUACCGUGCACAAUCUGAUGGAGCUAGUGCUCGUCAGAGACCUGUGCGGAACGUUCUGCUUCAGCAUGCAGUUUGUUGUGUUUAUUGAGUUGGUCGGAACGCUAGUGCUUCCGGCUGCCAUCUCGUUCACUAUCUACCUAAUCGCCAUCUCCAUCAAAGCGGCAAUUGAGCGCACCGAAGCGCCGCUUAUCCCGCUUCUUCUUCUCGCGCUCAUUCUUGGCCUCCCGGCCGUUUUGAUCGUGCUAACGGCGCACCGUUGGUCCUACGUUGGGUGGAUGUUCAUCUACCUGCUCUCGCUGCCGAUCUGGAACUUAGUCCUCCCGACCUACGCCUACUGGAAGUUCGACGACUUCAGCUGGGGCGACACGCGCAAGACGGCGGGCGAGAAGGUGAAGAAGGCAGGUAUCGAGUACGAGGGCGAGUUCGACAGCAGCAAGAUAACGAUGAAACGCUGGGGCGACUUCGAGCAAGAACGAAGACUCAAACCUCCGGGCACCGGCUACUCGCAGCGAUCAACGUCGGUCGGAGGCUGGCCCCCGCAUAAACAGCAUGGGUACGAGCCGUAUUACGAUCACUGA